GCGUUAUCAGUGCAUCGCAGUACCGACCGGCACGGAGCCGCCGGUGCACGCGCCGCCACAACGCGACGACAUGGCCGUCCGGGACCGACUCGCCGAGCUCCAGCACGUGUCCGCGGGCGCCGCCGGAGUGUACGCCGACACGGUGCAGCUGGACCCGCACGAUGCCUCUGACGACAAAAUCCACACCAUGUUCCAAGAGGUGGAGCGCAUGCGCGGCUGGAUCCGGGACCUCGACGACAACACGCAGCUCGUGCGCCGCCUGUACUCCGACCCCACCUACCACACCAACAGACAGCUCCAGGAGCAGCUGGACCGCGCGGUGACGCAGUCGAACGCGCUGGGACUCAAGGUGUGCGGCGCGCUGAGACAGUUCGAGACGCGCGUGGCGGGCGGGGGCGCGGGCGGGGGCGCGGGCGGGGGCGGCACGCUGUGGAGGAUCGCGCGGCUGCAGUACGCGGCGACGCGGCGUCUGUACGGCGACGCUCUGGACCAGCACCGCCGGGCCCUGGACGCCGUGCGCGACCACCAGCUACUGCUGCUGCACCAACAGAUCAAGUUGACCAACCUCGCGAUAUCCGACGAGGAGUGUCAGAGCUUGCUGGACUCGAACAACAUCUCGCUGUUUGUCGACAAUGUGCGCGCGGAGACGGCGGCGGCGCGGCUGGAGCUGCGCGCAGUGGAGGCGCGGCGCGAGGAGCUGGCGCGGGUCGAGGCGGCGCUGCGGGAGGUGCGCGAGCUGUUCCAGCAGCUGGCCGCGCUCGUGGCGGCGCAGCAGGACCAGAUCGAUAGCGUCGAGUACUACGCGCUGCAGGCCACCGAGCACGUCGAGUGCGGCGGCCAGCAACUCCUCAAGGGCACCGUCACCAGGACCAAGGCCAGAAAGAAAAAGAUGAGUCUGUUGCUGUGUCUGGCGAUCGGCUUCCUUAUAGUACUGCUGGUCCUCUUGCUGACGUAGCGACGGUCCCGCCACACUAGUGUGUGUGUGGGCCUCCGGGAGGACAGUCCCCGGGGUGCGCCUGAACUGUACUUACAACUAUUUACUUUCUGUUCGAUUAAUAAUAGAUAUCAUAGUGUGCGUCGUUUGAGUGUCAAAUAAUUUAUUUAUCUUUUUUUUAGUGUACUUACUACUUCAAUACAUUUAAAAUUAUGGGCGUCAUCUUGAGCUUGCGACGUCGCCGUAACGAUAAAUAUUUCCUACUGAAGAAAUCUAAUCCUACUACAUACUAUAAACUAACUAAACUAACUAAAAUGGCCCCUCGGAUCUAUCUCUAUCAUUUGCUAUCAUCACAGAAAGUCAAAAAGGAACGAACGAAUCACUUCUGGAGACUAGUCGACUCCUGUUCUUGUUAAUGUUCUUCCCUCCGCUCGGACGCUCAGAGCAUCCGGAGUAUUUGUUCAGAAGUGUGAUGUAUCCGUCAUCCAGAGCACUGCCACGGUACUCACGAACAUAACUUGACGGUGACAAUGUGUCCACGUGUGGCUUACUGGGGAACGUAAACACAUCGUCACCGUGAACACAAGCUAUGUCCGUGACGUGAGUACGUACACUGUACACCGUGCGGACAGCAGCUGCACGAGGGUCCGGUUGGCGCGCCACGAGCAAGACUAGUCAUUGAUCAUUUACCAAAUAAGUUUCCGAAACGAAUGACGAGUCGGGUGACCUGCAAAAGUGCACGGAUAGAAACUAAACAAAAUGUAUAAACUUACAUGUAAAUAACGCCAUCUGUCGGCUAGAUCAGUAACAUGGUAGUUACGUUUAGAUCCCACUAGAUGGCAUUGUGCUAAACUAAAUGACGACUAAAAUGUCCAAAUUUGUAUUAAAAAUAUUAUUUAUUUAAGAUAUCUAUACUUGCUAUGUUUCUGCAGCAGACCACACCAUAAACCACUUUAAGUAUUCAUUGUAUUAAUUAGAGCAUUGUAUUACCUUGU